AACAACGAAAGAAUUGAGUUGCAGCUUUUCAAUAUGUUAAAUUUUGUAGUCAUUGAAUACAGCUCAUUAAUUUAAUUUUGGGGUUUUAUUUUUAGAACUUGGUGCCAAUAAACACACUUUUAGAUUUCCAUUGCCUUCAGAGAACAUGGGAGUCCUGGGGACAGCAACAGUGGCUGGCCCUGCCCAUGCAGGAGCACCUCCCUCCCAGCAAAGACACAGGCCUCUGUGCACCCGGCAUGCACUGGGCCUCUGAGCACCCUUGCUCGGAAUGAGGGGAGGGAGCAUCAGUGUUUUUCAUUGGAACAAAACAGAGGAAAAGUGACAGAGUACCUCCUUACAGGAGAACAGAACAUUCCCUGCUCCCUUUGUGACCCCACCACCACCACAUCAACAGGAACCUGCAAGCCUCUCGCCCCUGUGUCCUCCUGGCCUGGACCCCAGGAGGCUGGGAGAAGGGCCCAGAUCCCAGCCCCAAAGGGCUCACAGGAGGCCACAGAUGCAUCCCCAGUCUCAGUAGGCUGCUUGGAGGAGAGGGCCUGUAGGUUUACCGCCCCUACUCUCUGCUUUCUCCUGAGCCCAGAACAUUCCUCCUCAGCAAGCCACACCUCAGAGGCACAUGUAGGAAAGAAGGGGACAGUAUGAGGAAGGGCUUUCUGAGCACACGACUUGAGUAAGGCUAGAGGGCUGGAAGGAGGGGCCCUUGUUCCAUUCAGCUGUGACACGGUCAUGCAGGCUCAGGGACAUGGGCCACAGACCCACAGUUUAGCCUCUCACUGAGAGGCCAGGGCAAGCUUCCAAAAACAAUGAGAACAGCGUCCUGCAGAAAGGCCAGAACCUCUGCUGAGACUCAGCCCUCUACCUACAGACUUAGGCUCCAAACUCCAGAAGGCACCAUCCACCCAUCUAGGAAGAGGGUGAGAGUCAUGCACAGGAUCUGGAAGUAACAUAAACAUUAAUAUAAACUAGUUCCAAAGACCUCUCCAGCCAGGAACCUGGAGUCCACAACCAGAGAAUAGUGCGCGGCGACCCAGGCUGGAAAGCCCAGGGGUUACUUCGACUACCUGGGACGGGGCCUCGAGCUCUAGGCACAAAACCGACCCAGCUCUGCCCAGCCCCUCCUAAGGGGGGGCCACCUGGCCCUGUCCGGUUGGGGGAGGGGCGGGAAUCCAGGUUGCCGAGGAACCGCGUCCAGGAGCCCCGAGAGUCCAGCUGAAUUGGAGGUUCCCUUGGAGAACACAAAGUAUUGUGGUGUGCAGGCACGGUGCACCGCAGCGCGGCUGCUGGAGCUGCCCAGUGGGGUGGGGAAUUGGGGCUCGAGGGAGGGGCACGUGACCCACAGAGAAAGGGACGUGGCCUGAGGGUGGGUGGGGCGCUGUGGGCUGGGUUCCCUUUCCUCUGUGGCCCCUCCCCACCUAUCAUCUCCUCCAUGGACUCUGCUUCGCACAUCGAGACCCAGCAGGGGACAGGCCAACAGGAUGGGGACGGACGCCCCUGCAGCGAGCCCGCCCUCACUGGACCCAAACCUCUCAGCCACCUACGUGUGCACCUGCUCACACACACAUGGACAGACACUGAUCCACACACAGGACCAAGCCCUCCAGCCCCACCCUGAACACUGAGGCCCGCGUCCUGGGCCCCGCACAGAGCAGGACACACCCGGCUGGGAGGGCGACUGCCUGUGACUGCCGAUGUCAGCCCUGAAACCUGGCCUCGAGCACAGCAGUCCCGAGGUCCCCAGCCCGGUCAGGGCCUAAGGUCGCCUGAAGGGAGCUCCUUUUCUCCCCUCAAUGGGAACGGCCUGUGGGGCGCGAAGGGCAAUUCCUCCAGCUCUAAGCAGGUCCGGAAGUCCUAGCUGACUGCAGGACUGAGGUGUUAGGCACAUGCGCAAGGCCGGGAACCGGGGGACGUCCUGGUCCCUCCACAGGCUGGAAGAUGCCCUCGCUAGGAGCCGGGCCCCGCGAGGGGCGCACAGAGCGAGCGACUGCCACAGAGCCGCCCAGGCCGGGCUGGGCGCUGACGCUGGAGGGGCUGGGAGCCAUGCCCCCCACGCAACGCCGCCGCCACCCGCUGUUCAGCGACCUGCGCGAGGACGGGGCCGCAGCCUCCUCCCUCUCCCCGCGCGAGUCUGCGGAGCUGGCAACCCGCAUGCCCGACCCGCGCUCCUGGACGCAGUCGCUCGACCAGCCGGCGGGGCGCGCGAGCCCGCUCCUGAGUGUUCUCAAGGCGGCGGAGGUCCGCGGACGCGAUCGCGCCCUCCGGCUACGCUACAUCCACAUGCGGGCGGAGGAGAUCACGCUGCUGAUCCGGCAGCAGAGCUCCGCGCGCGCCGCCAUCCGAGUGGAGCUGUUCCUGACGCCACAGCUGAAGCCGAAGCGCGUCCUGGACCCCCUGGACCGGCAAGAGGUGCGGGCUAGCCCGGGGAGGGGCGGGAGGCCCGAGUCUCCACACACGCUUAGCCCAAGCCCCGCCCCUCAGAGGCGCCACGUGGAGACCAUCCUGGAGGAGGCCGCGGAUGGCAGCAUUUUCCCCCGGUGACGUCGACCCGGUGUGUCCCGCUGGGCCCCACCCUCGUAGAUAAAAUUCUCCUCUAAGGGCUCUCUGGUCUUUUCCCUCGAAGUCCCCAGGACCCUCGCAGAGAAGGGGCAAGUAUGCGCGCAGACUGUCCUACACCACUGGUCACGGACACCAGGGAGAUGUCAAUGAAUGGGUUCGAAGUAGUAUGGCGAAAACAGCAGCCCCCAAUCCCAGCCUGCCCCUAUCGCUAGCUGGGGUCCUCAGAGACUACCAGAGGACCCCAGUGCAGAAGGCAGAACCUGCCUCAGCACCAGUGCCCCCAGAAGCCCAGAAAGUCGGUGUCCCCGUGCACACGGUGGCAGUCUGGGAGAACGCAGGACUACACAAGCCAAGCUGGCCUUUGGAGGGUCACCAGCUGUGCCCAGAGGCAGAGAACCUGAGACAUGGAAGGAGUGACCCAGGAAAGGGACAGGAGACCCACCCUCUGGUCUUCCUUUCAUUUUGAAUAACCUCCUGUGCCACACACACACACACACACACACACACACAGGCACAGGCACGCGUGCACGCGCACUUGAACUCUCACGCUCAGGAAGGAAACCACCUCAUUCUGACAAGCCUGAGUCCUACAAGACCUCUAGACUCUGGAAAGCCCCUGGUUUCUGGGCACCUCUUACUCUUUUUUUCCACAGUGUGGGCUCUUUACAGAACCUGGAGUUCCUCUUGGCCUUUCCAGGCCCUAUCCAGAAGGCUAAGCAGAGCUGAGCGCUACAGAGAAACGCACAACCCCUGCCCCUGGCAGGGAACUCCCACUGGCUCUGCCUGGAGCAGAGAACAGAUGUGGAGGAAAAGGCUGAAGUCAGAGCUGGGGUCCAGCAAGGAAUGCAUUCAUGGUGGCCAUUACCCAGUCCUCUAGAACUUCUGUCCCCUCAGCCACCCCUGCUUCCCCUGCACCUGACCCUUUGCCUUUUGCUGGCUGUUCCUGCCCUGGCCUUGAUCCAAGCCCAGACUGAACAGAUCACAAGUCAGCAGCAGGUCCCAAGGGGAGCCAAGUCUCAGGAAGAGGGAGGUAGGAUGAGGGGCAGAGAUGGUGGACUUGGGCAGGGGCAGACAAGGAAAGGAAGCAAUCUCUCUGUCCAUGAGUGGUGGCCACUCACACCCUGAUGUGGGCCUCCUGGGCCUCUCCUGCCAAGCUCCCUGCUGUCUGGACCACAGGAUUUUGUCUCUUGGGGAUUUACUGAGUACCUAGAAGAAUUUCAUCUGCUUAGUAAAGUCAUAUCUUAUUUAUUUCAUCACUUCUCUGGCCCUGUAUUUCUUCAUCCUUAAAAUGGGGGUCACAGAGCUAUUCGAGGUUGUCCAGGCAGUCCCCCAUGCAGUCAGUAGUCCACAUGAGCACAAGAGGACACAGGGAUGAAGACAAAGCCCAGCACCCUUAAAGGCCACAAAGACAAUGGCCUGAGACAAUUCAGCACUAGGACUGGCAGGGGGUACCCCUUGAUCCCCAUGCCAAGGAGGGGCUGGCUCUGCAGGAGAGUCUGGACAAGGUGGCAGUGGGUGCUUCUGUCUGCAGAAAGCCCUACAGAGAAGCAAAGCCUAUGAGCUAAGGCCUAAUAAAUGGGGCCUAUGUGGCCGCGUGUGUGUGUGUGUGUGUGUGUGUGUGUGUGUGUUCUGGAGAUACCUGAUGCCUCCAUCACCACCCCACCCAGCCCUCCUGGGCUCCUCCUUGGAUUUGGGAAUGCUCCAUUGCAAGGGGCACACAGGAGGCCUGAGGUGCCAGUGGACAGUGAGAAUGGAAGGGAGAGACAGGACGCUGACCCUCACCCACUGCCAGCUGCCCACACCUGCAUUUCUCUACCGUGCUUGCAUUGCAGGAUCAGUCUGGUGGUGUGGCCCUGUCUGGGUGCUGGCCUCCCUGUCCUCACCCAUACCUACCUUACAGGACUAUGACCUGGACUAAAGCAGCUGCCUCCUGUCCAGAUGGGCUUCCUGGCCUCUCCCCACUUGACUGUUCUUUCAGCAUGGCAGCCAGAGUGUUCUGUGACCCGGUCCCUGGGUACACAGCAUCACUGGCAGCCUGGUGGUCCCCAGGCCCUUGCUCAGCUGCUCUUUGCUUAGCCAAGCCCCAUGAGCGCGGUGGAAAUGGCUUGCUCUCCUCAGCUCUCGCUUGUUCCAUUUCUUGUCAACCCCUCACCCCUACCCACUCUAGCAGUCAACUUCAGGUUGGUCUGUCUGGCUCACUACCUGGCACACAAGGGAUCCCAGAUAGCUGCUGAAUGAAUGAAGAGCUUGUAUGAAAUCUCCGCUUGGCCUCUCUUGGGUUCUGUUCAACAUGUGCACAUGUGGCUUCUACAAUUUGAAGGCAUUUUCUGAGCUGCCCGCCACACCUGGAAGAUGCCGGGCUUCAGGCAGUGCUGAGAGAGCAGAAGCCGCACAGCUCAAGGAGACAGGAGACUGCAGACCAGAUCCAGAGCAGCCUCUGGGCCACUGCACACGGGCCAAAGCAUGCUGGACUCAGCAGCAACCCACAUUAAUAACAACCCAGUCAGAAGGGUCAAGUGUGCCAAAGGGACAGGGACAAAAUGGACAGAGGGGCUUUAAGCUUUAAGCCAUCCUGGGCAGUUUGAGAGGCAGGGAAUGGGUCCGCCCACCACACACACACACUGGGCAUGUUGCAAGCACCUGCGCUCUCAGUGAACAGCACCGCAGGACAGCGCCCUCUCCUCCUGGGGAAGCCCCACAGCAGGGCGGCAGGCCCUUGACCCCAUUUUACCAAAGAGGCUCAGAAAGGCAAGCACUAUCGGUCACUCCUUCCCAGGGACCUCUUCUUGCCCCACAAAACAAGCAGCGCCUGGGGUCGGAUCUCGCGUGAUGGCCUGAGUGUACAGGGACUACGCUCGUGCCGCCCUCCGAGUGCCUCAUCCCUCGGGCCACCCCCGCUACGGCUCAGCGCGCGGGCGGCGCGGGGCGGGGCGGGGCGGGGCG